CUGCACCUUCGUCAUGUGCAUUGGUUUCCGUAUCAGUACUUCUCGAGCUGACUGAACCCUUUGGCCCGCGCUUGGUCUGAUGAUGGCGAAGUUAACGUGACUGAGCUUCGUGUCUGCUGCUCCGCGCCAGCUAACGUUUACUGUAGCAGCACUACAGCGCGAGCAUGUAGCACGGACGUGCCUGAUACGUUCCGUGUUUCCGGAGGAACAUAAUCGCUGACGGACCAACGCUAAAAGCAAACACUGUGUGUGUGUGUGUGUGUGUGUGUGUGUGUGUGUGUGUGUGUGUGUGUGUGGUGGCGGCGGUCCUGACGUGCAGGACGGAAAUAAGCGCGUCAGAGGGUCGGGACGGUAGCCGCGCGCAGCAGGUCAGAGAUGCGAUUGCUGUUCUUGGCGUGUCUGAGUCCCCAAACUGGAAACUGCACCACUGCGGAAAGGAUCAGGGAUCACAUCGAGCGCGCGGGUCACGUGUGCUUACUUCGAGACACGAGAGACGUCAGGUGUGCGUCCGAUGUCGCGCACCUGCAGCGGGAGACGGCGCUGGACGGGGCGCUGGCCAUCCACCUGUACAAGGCGGGGCGACUGUUGCUAGACGCUGGGGUGCCUUUCGGAGUCGUGUUCGGCGGGACAGACAUCAACGAAGACGCCAAAGAUGAAGGCAAACGUGCAGUGAUGAAGGAGGUUCUGAACAGGGCCAGGUUUGCUGUGUCAUUCAGCAAGGAGCUGAAGGAAAAAGCAGAGGCCAUCUUGGAGUGUGGGAGUGGCCAGAUCUGUGUGCAGGCUCAAGGAAUCGAGACCCGGCCGAGCUUGGACUUCAGCUGGAUGGAGUUCCUACGUAGCGCAGGUGUGUGUGUGGAUGGAGUUGAAGAUCUGAAGGUCUUUCUGCUGGUGUGUGGCCUCAGAAGGGUGAAGGACCCACUGUACCUGCUCAACGCCUUCUCAGAGUGGCACACACAGAACCCACUGGCUAUCCUCAUCAUCAUUGGCCCAAAGAUGGACCUGGAGUUUAGCACAGAAGUCCAGAAGUGUGUUGAGAGAUCUGCCGGUGUGUUCCUAGCUGCAGAGCGGAGUCAGGAGGAGCUCCACGCUGCCAUGCAGAGGUCGUUGGCUGUGGUGAACUCCUCUCAGUCUGAAGGCAUGUCAGCCGCUGUCUUAGAGGCGAUGGAUUUGGGCGUACCCGUGUUGGCGAGGAAUAUUCCUGGGAACGCCGCGAUAGUCCGACACGGGAUCACAGGGCUGUUAUUCUCCUGUCCAGAGGAGUUUGUGUGUCUGUCCAAACAACUGCUCCAUGACAAGGAACUGCGGGCCAGCCUGGGACGGAACGGGACCCGCUAUGUCACACAGCACCACAGCGCCGCCCUAGAGCGCACCACCUACCAGCGCCUGGUGGCCACGCUGCACUGACGCGCCCAGCGUCCCCGGACUCUGCGGACCUACGGAAGCCUGCAAGGACGUGCGUGUUAGUGUACAUGUUAACGUAAUUUAUUCCCUUAUACAUUAUUUUACAAAGUGGGAGAACAGUAGUUGGUUUGGACAUUGCUGUCUGUAGCAGUGACACAAACCCAACGUUUACACUCGACCCUCGAGGUUGCACUGAUGUCAGGAUCUCUGAGGACAGCUACUAUUUUACGGUCAGUCUUUUAUACAAGCAGAGACAAAACUACUGGUUAGUUUGGAUGCGCAAAGAUAAAGACGGGCAUUCCCAAUGUGUGUUUACUCAGAAUUGCCCUCUCUAGAGAUACCUUUCUCCGAGAGAACAGCUCUGAAAUCAGCCUCGAUCUACCUAGUGGAAUUCUCUUUAAAAUGUUAAUUUUAGCGUAAGAUGACUGGUCACAAAUGCCUCGUUGCAUUAGUGAAGUACAUCAUAAUGUUUACGAUGCGUAAUAAGUCUUUGGGGGUUAAAGGUCCCAUACAGAAGAUCUGGCUGUCUUUGCUUCGCACUUGGAUUGCUUUUCUCGUGACAGAUGAUGUGUUCCAUGUGGAACAGAUUAACAGAUUAUCACUGAAGAUACGAGUCAGUGGACUCAGAACCCAUGGGAACCCAACCAUCGCAGGGGCUUCACAUCAGACAUGCUGUAAACCAUCCCUGCUCCACCCAGCUCAGCUACACCCCCUCUCUGCUCCACCCCCUCUCUGCUUUCAGGUGAUGUGCUCUGCUCCUAGUCUAGAAAGAUUCUGGCGUUGGGAUCUAGAUGCAAUAUUUUUCUUUUCCUUUUAAUAUUUAUUCAAAUCUAGAAUCCAGUCAGGCAUGUAUACAUUGUUGAAACUGAAUGUGUACUGAAUGUUUUCCAAACGUGUCCAGCUUUCAAUAAACCUUGUUAGGAAUA